CCGUUAGUUGCUAUGACGGGAGCCAAGGAAGGCUCAGUCGGGUUCAUACGAGGAUAUCCACCGCAACAGGAGGUCCAAAGAUGCUUGAUCCUUAAUAAGCUUACUAUUCGAGUCGAUAGAAUUGCUACAAUUUCUCCCAAGGCCUAGCGGCGUAGACCUUGGAAAAUGCGGACGUCUCUUCCCUCUAUAAUACUGCUCCUCGCAGCAUCAUCUAUAUUUGCGGCACAAGCACAAAACACCACUAACACAACUUCAACACCAGAGACCUGUGGCGGAGAUAUAGACUGGCUCAACACAGGGAACAGCUCUGCGAACUCGACCGGCCAGGUCGAAUUCAGAUGGACCGACAACAGCGACUCCGAGCGCCCUACCUCGGACCUUUGGUACCUGUCCGUCACGGUCAACGACACAUUGCGUAGAGGCGAUGUCAGAACAUCGGCAUCCAACGGUGGCAUCGAGCUACGCGGCUACGUUAGUGUGCCCGACGACGUCAAGAACGCGAGCCUCUGCCUGUACCAGUUCAGCAGCGCAAACGUGACGCUGGACGACAGCAUCGACGAUGGCCUCGAUUCCUGCGGCGGCAUCGUAAGCGAAGAGUGCAAGGACUUCAUCAAGGACAACUUCCUGCACGAGAUCCAGCCGUCCGGAUGUCCGCUGUACCGGAAGGCCGGCACCGAGGGGGCUGAUACCUUCAGGAAAGCGUGUCCGAACUUGGCUGAUUCCGCUGCCGUCUAUUACAAGGACGUGUCGAACACCACCUGCGCCACCACCGACAUUCCCAGCGUCAACAUCCCGGAGGGCUAUCACUCCCUGCGUAGUGCUUCCAUGUCUAGCCCUUUUUCCGACUACAAUUAUCGGCCGAACAUGACAGAGGCGUACGAUCUGCUCGUUCGUCAGACGGUACCGUACGUUCUGCAUAGCAGGUUCGAAGAUCCGGACUCAAAUUCAAUGAAGGUGUUGACUAGGUUUAUCUGUGUGGCGCCAAACCGGACGGUGGAAGGGAGUCGUGCUGUGCCGGACGGCAAGGCGCCUUGGGAGGAGAGCAAGGGGGUUGGUUUGGCUGCAGGGAGGAUGGCGGUGGUGAUGACAAGUAUCAUAGGAGCGGUGCUCAUGAUAUAG